UAAUUAUUAGAUAAAUAUACUCAUAUACCAUACAGUAUAUUAUGGUUUUAUACAUAACUAUAGGUAGUGUUUUCCAUCAUAUUGUAGCGUUGCUAUAGCUAAAACGUUGGCUUCCGUUUGUCAUCGCAUUGAUCCAACAAAUAUUUUGGUACAUCAAACACGACUCGGUACUUGUUACAUUGUAAUACAUUUGCAUUUAGUGAAGCUAUAGUAAAUAUAAUAUAGUACUAUAUUAGUCUUCGUUUUACGUUAAACGAUGAGUAAAUUCCAGGAAAAUAUUAAACAUUUGAUCCCAAGACCAAAAACACCUAUCGUCAAACCACCGAUGUACCGCUCGAUUUACACGGAGUCUAUAAGGAGGACAUAUAAGUCAAAUAAUAACUGUCACAAAACUAUGGGCUAUGCUGAAGUUGAACUCGAUCCACCGUCACAGUUUCUAAAAAAACACACCAGAAAAGAGAUGAGACCAUUUGUUGAAAUAAAUAAAACUAAAUGCUGUGCUAGAAAAUUGAUUCAGCGACCAUGCGAUGGCGCAGCAACAAAUGUUUCCAAAAAACUACCAACAAAAACACGGAAAAACAUUAGACAAACGAACAUCAUUGACGUUAUAAGAAGGGUGCCACCGCCGCCAAAGCAUCGGGUCCAGGACACUAGGAACGGACACAUAAUUGUUUUGAACGAAGCCGGUUUAGAGCCCACUUAUGUGUCUAAGAAGAAUUAUGGAAAAACACCAUCAUAUAUCGUUAAAAUGUACAAGGAAAAAGAAAUGGCCCAACUGAUGGAGACUGAGCGAAAGCGAGCUGUAAAACCGUCAUUGCGCUAUUUGCCCGAAGCAGAACGUAACGAAUUAUUGAAUGGACUGAAGACUAAUUGGGCUGAACUUCACAAAGAAUUUUUACUGUUGCCAAUGCUUACUGACACGGUACCAAAAAUGAAAAGGAAAACCAUGUUGGAAAAGCAACUGAAUAACUUGGAGAAAGACAUCGACUUAUUAGAGAGAAACCCUUCUAUUUAUGUAUGUCAAGAUGUAUAGGUCUUUGAAAACUUUCAGAAUAUUCUGCGAGUCAAUUAAAAAACAUCACAGACAAAUAUAAUUUUUUUUUCUUAUAAUGUCAUAAACUCAUAAAAAUAGGUAGAUAUUACAUUAUAAAUUAUAGUCAACCGAAUCUUUUUUUUUCGAAUCAAUGGUAAUAGUGCUGUUGAUAGAAUUAUAUAUAUUUCAUUUCUUAUAACAAUUUCUUCCAAAGUAAUAUUGAUUUUCGAUAAUCUUAAUUUUUUUUAGUUAAAACCAUUAGGUUAGUUUUAUGAUUAAGUUACACACCCCGAGAGGCCGGAACUCAUUACAUUAAUCACAUAUAGUAUGCGUGAUAAUACAAUUUAAAUGUAUUUUGUAUCUAUUGAAUUGUAUGUAGGUAUCUAUAAAAUGAAGAUUGUCUAGUUUUUAUUUAUACUUCAAAUUAUAUAAUUUAAGUAGACAUUAAAAUUACAUACAACGAUAGUUUCAUUCCACUCAAAAAUAGUAUUUUGAUUUCAGCUAGUGAUUCAAAAAUGAUCAAAUUGUUGUUAAAAACAAUGGUAGAAAAAUUGUAAAAAAUAUAUAAUUUACACUGCUUAUAGUUAAAAAUGUAAUCAGAUUUUUCGAUUUUAAAAAUGCACAAUGAAUACAAUUAAUAAUAUGCAAACAAUAUAAUAUGCUUAGUUGACCAUGUAUGAAUAUAUUUUGAAUUAUUUCUAAUACUAUUACAAAAGCAACUUUUUAUGUGUCAUCCUUUUUAAUUUUUAUACAUUUUUGUCGAGAUGUAUAGUAUUGUAAAUUAUGCUUAUCAAGUAAAAGUUAUAUAUUCUUCGUCAUCGUCUUAUAAA